AUGAAAAAGCUGAGAGGGGAAUUAGAGAAGAUCACUAAACAACACAAGGACUUCUCAUUCAGUUCAGACAGUAGCUCCAACAUACAGCAGGAAACUUACAGUGAUAGGAGAACAUCACCGAAGGUUGAAGAAGCAGCCAUCGUAGGAAGGACUCAAGAGAAGCAGAAAUUACUAGAUUGUUUAUCUGAUAAGGUCUUGAUGAAAGAUUUCAUUAUCCUUGCGAUAUAUGGCAUGGGAGGGAUUGGCAAGACAACCUUAGCACAAUUAGUUUUCAAUGAUAAACAAUUUAAAGAGUAUGCACCUGCGUGGGUCCAUGUGUCACAAGUGUUUGACUUGGACAAAAUUGAGAACUCUAUAAUUUCGCAACUCUCCAAAAGGGAUCCCAGUGUGACUCAUUUGGAGAUGGUUCCUCCUAAUAUGAACAUUAUAAUCGUUUUGGAUGAUCUUUGGGAGAAUGAUGGUUUUAAAUUGGAUAAUUUGAAGCUUAGGCUAAAAGUUGGCAAGGGAACCAAGGUGAUUGUCAUUGUUACCACACGCCAUAAGAGCAUUGCUAAUAGAUUUUCCACUGUUCAACCAUACUUGCUGGAGCCGUUGACUGAUGACAUGUGUUGGAAGAUAAUAAAACAAAAAAGUGCCUUCGAAGAUAGACAUGACAAAGAAUUGUUGGAACAGACAGGAAUGGAGAUUGCAACGAAGUGUGGAGGUGUGGCAUUAGCAGCUCUAUCCGUUGGGUACAUGUUACAUUCCAAAAAGGUGGAUGAAUGGGAGUCACUUGGUGAGAUAUAUGUUACUGAGCUUUUGGGAAUGUCAUUUCUUCAACAUUCAAAGUCAUCGUCGGCCACUGGAGUGCAUCAAGAAAAUGUCACGUUGUUAACCAUGCACGACCUGGUGCAUGAUCUUGCAAGCUCGGUCAUGGUGGAUGAAAUUCUGGUUUCCAGCAAACAAGAUAACAAUGAUGAAAGCAGCUACCGAUAUGCAUUGCUCAAUGACAGCAGCAAGCCAUUAGAUUCAUUCAUCAAAUUUGCUAACAUGGUAAAAGCGCUGCGUUUUGUCGACUGUACUAAAACUAGACUUCAUGAUGGUGCAUUUUCAGGUGCGAAGUACCUGCGUGUCUUGGAUUUAAGCGAAUGCUUUGUACAGAAGUUGCCAGAUUAUAUCGGUCAGUUGAGGCAGCUGAGGUAUCUUAGUGCUCCUGAGAUCCAAGAUGAAACUAUUCCUGAUUGUAUAACCAAACUGUCAAAAUUAAUGUACCUCAAUCUCCGUGGAUCUUCGAAACUCAGAUCGCUGCCAAAGUCUAUUGGAGAAAUGGAUAGUCUGAUGCAUCUUGAUUUAUCAGGUUGUUCAGGAAUACAAAGGGUACCACGAUCAUUUAGGGAGCUAAAUUUGACGUAUCUGGAUUUGUCAAAUUGCUUCAGCCUUAAGGGAGUAUCAGAAAUCUUGGGGAACCUCACCAAACUGCAACAUUUGUGCCUAUCAUUUCGUCAUGAUAUAGAGAAGCUAGGGAAUUUGACUAGUCUGAUGGAACAACAGUAUUAUCACAUUUCAACCUCUUUUCCUCGAGGGCAGUGGCAAACACAUGUUUUUCCUGCCAGGACUAGACUCGAACGUUUGAACAUUUCAACAGAGCUCACAUUUAGCGAAAUCAAAUGGCUUCCUGAAGCUACGAGCAGCUUCACUAAACUGAAGUAUUUGAACUUAUCUGGAUGGAUAUGGCUGGAAGAAUUACCAAGAUCAUGGGGGAAUCUUCAAAAUUUGAUACAUCUUGAUGUAUCAUAUUGUGUAAGGAUUAAAGGUGUACCAGAAGCCUUGAGUAGCCUUACCAAACUCCAAUAUUUGAAUUUGUCAAGAUGCUGCCGGCAGAACAAAGAAGCCCUCAGAGGGCUCGAGGAUGUGGUUGGCAAGCUCACCGAGCUUCGGUAUUUCUAUUUAUCAAAAUGCUUAGAUACUCUCUUCUGUGAAAUCGAAGUGGAGGGAGCGUGCCUAAAUUUCCUUGCAUCUCUCAGUUCCCUUUCCAAUCUGGAGGAGCUGGACUUGUCUAAUAAUGACAGUAUUGAAAGUUUACCUGAAAGCAUUGGUGACCUGAGGAACCUGCAAACGCUUAACCUCUCGUGCUGCUGGAAUCUCUCUCACCUUCCAACGAUUAUAAGCAAGAUGGAUAGUCUGAAGCAUCUAAAUCUGUCUGGCUGUGACAGGUUGGACAAGUCCACGGUACCUAAGUUUGACAGUAGUUCAAUCUUGUUACCACAAUUUGAGAUCCAACCCUGCGACGGUGAAUCUAGCAGCAACCUUGUUCUGCUUCAGGAUGUAGAUAGUACUACUGAGCUGGAGAUAAGUAAACUGGAAAACGUGGCCACUGUCGAAGAGGCAGCGAGAGUAAGGUUGAAGGAGAAAGAAAUGAUCGAAGAACUGGCGCUCGAGUGGACGAGAGAUUUGAGGAGAUUUGUCGAGGAUCGGGACCUGUUGGGAGAGUUAGAGCCACCAAGUAAGCUGAAAUGGUUCAAGCUACAAGGUUACAGCAGUGUAGCCUUCCCAGACUGGCUGAUGAACGCUAGUCAUCUUCACCAUUUCGCUUGCCUCAAGAGGAUUGAUCUGGUGGAUUUGCCCAGGUGCACCCGCCUCCCACUGCUCGGCCAGCUGCCAGGACUGAAAACUCUCUCGCUCGAUCGAAUGAACGGCAUCACCAAGAUCGACGGCGAGUUCUACGGCGGAGCGGGAGCAUUUCGCCAGCUGAGGAACCUGUCCAUGUCCAACAUGGAGAACCUGGAGACGUGGCAAACGACGUACAGUACCUGCGGCAAUGGCGAAGGCGCGGCUGUGCUCAAGCGCCUCAGACUGUAUGAACUGGAAAUCCAUCACUGCCCCAAGCUGAGCAUCACACCAUGCCCCCCUGAAGCCGUUCGCUGGGAGGUCGAGGGCAGCGACGGCGUGCUGUCGUCAUGGCCGAACACCUGCGCUUCGUCGUCCUCCGCCGUUGUCCGAGCAGACGAACUGACCGUCAAGCUCUGCAAGCUGCCAUUGCGUCAGUGGAGGUUGCUCCAUCAGCUGACUCCCCUGAAAUGUCUGACCAUCGAUUCAUGCACUGAUCUGAGCAGCUCACCGGAGAUCACUCGAGCCCUAUCCACCCUCCGAACGCUCUCCCUGAAAGGAAACGACGGUGACCCAGAACUGCCCAGCUGGAUAGGAGAGCUCACGCGUCUUCCCGAGCUACGUGUAACCACUCGGUGGCCGGAGCUGACAGUAAACCGUGGGAUGAUGAGACAGCUUUCCUCUUUACGGUGUCUUAUUCUGUCUGAAUGUGCAAGAAUGACGUCGUUGCCGGAUUGGUUGGAGGAUCUGCCCUCUCUGCGUGAUCUCAGGAUAGAAUCCUGCGCAGGCCUGAGCAGUCUGGAAGGAGGGAGCAUGGAGCGCCUCACGUCGCUCAAGUGGCUAGCGUUGAGCUGCUGCCCGAGCAUUGCAGCGCUGCCGGAGAGCUUGGGCGAGCUCACUUCGCUGACGUAUCUUGGGAUCUUCGAGUGCCCCAACAUCAAAUUUCUGCCGGAGAGCAUUCAGAGACUUACCAAUUUGAAUACUCUGACGGUUUCUGCGUGCCCUGAACUGAAGAAGUGGUGCCAGUCGAAGAACAGGACCGUGCUCUCUCGCGUGCCCUACAAGACCUACGAGUAA